CACGUUCAGAGACUGGUCGCAAUCCGGAGCAGCUAAAAUCCCGGCUCUCUGUCGCGUCGUGUACAACCGCGUGCUCGUCGGUGUUUCACAAUGAAGGAGGUCUCCUCCUGGUGAAGUUACGGUCAGCAAGUGACAUCGGUCGAUCAGCGUUGACGAGGAAUUACUGCGCAGCCAACCAGCUAAGCAGCCAGUCAGCCUGGCCGGAGUCGGCAAUUUCGGAGCUCAAGUCCGAAACGACGGCGCCGCGCCGCCAUUUUAGCGCGAGCACGUUUUCGCAAAUUGCCUUGUACCCGCACGCGGCACGUUGCGGAGAAGGGUUUCGGAGUCUGAGGCGGGGAACGAUCCAUCUGCGAGGCGCAGCAGCCCGGUGCGGUGGCGGCAACACCACGAAUGAGCGCCGCGUCGAGAAAACACCCGCGCGCAAAGUGAUUUCUCGCAGGAGAGUGGCGUUUUCUUUUCCGUUUCCUAAUUUGCGGGCGAUCGAGAUCGGGACGUACUAUUGCGCACCAGCGGCAACGUAUACCGGCGCUAUGAGUAAAAUGUUGGACACAAACUAUCGCACUGUGUUCUCUGUACUUAGAAGUCCCGAGGAGAGUGAAGAGUUUAAGCGGAUCAUCUGAAAAAAUCGCGUAGCGCAGGAGAAGCCGUCGUUUUUCCGCGAGGACGAUCGUAUUCGCAAAGAAAGUGCAAAAUCUGUUGGUGUUCGGUGUAGCGAAGUCCUUCUCCUCCUAUCUCUUCGUUCGUCACACGUAUUUUUCAUUGUCAAGAACUGAAACGUCUCCGCUGACGUAAUCAAUGAUCUAUUAAUAGACCCGUGAUUUCGAGGAACGGACUGAUUCUUGUAAUAUCGCGCAACUUGUUUCUCUUAUCGAUUUGGUCUCAUCGGAAGGAGAGAACUUACUCACACGUCAAGUGAUUUCAGUACCGAGUGUGCGCCCAGCAAUCUCGUCUACUUGAAAAGAAAAACUGACACUCUCGCAUUUCCCGAGGGGAAAAAUAUCGCAGCGUGGUGCGCGAGUGAAAAAAAAAAGCGUGAGCUGUCACAAUCUUUCUGCCGAUCGAGACAUCCCGACGGCAACCCCGGAUACCCCUAUAACCCGUAAUGUAUUUGCGAUCGCGCCAACGAGCAGCACAAGGGAGGUACGAGCACACAAGAGAGGCGGUAGGAGCUGGUGUAGCGGCCGCGUGCGGUCCCAGAGAUCACGGAUCGUCGUCUUCGAGGGCCAAAGGUGGAACGCAGAGGAAAGCGGCGAGCCGUUAUCGCGAUCUAGCGUCAGCACCGCAGCCGCAACCGCGGCCGCUACGAAGCGGCUCCGCAGACAGAGGCUCCGCUUCGGACUUGGUGUACCUGAAACGCGGCAUGAGCGAGGGUGAACGAGCGGCGAUCACGCCACGAAUCGGCUGGCGAAAGCUCACCGACCCUGGCGACUGACACGAAUCCAGGAAGCCGAGGGCAGGUCCGAAGCGAUAGCACCAACUACCGCUGCUCGCUCAUCAGCAUCCUCGUUUUCCUGCCACUCUCUCGACGACCGCCAUCGGUCUAUGGUCCUGGCACAGCCACGAGACGGCUUUCAGAGUCCGUAGGACGUGGUCGUCAUCGUCAUUGUCGUAUCUCCCGUGCCAGCUCGAUGCCGGCCAGAUGCCGGAUAACGCGCCACCAAGACCCGCUGCGAGGACCUUGAAGAGGGAUCCCGAGAUGGCGGGCAAUCGGUGUCGGUAGCAGACGGGGUUAACGUCCCGAAGAGCGCAAUCGUUCAAACGGCACCCACGCCUCGUCGUACCUCGUGUAGCUCACCGAUCACCUUCGGCAUUCUUUCUUCUUCCCCUUCGUCUUCGCGUUCCAAUGUCCCGGCUGCAUUUUUAGUCAUAGCAAAUAACGAAACUCUGUCUCACAUCGAGCGAUCCGAGGUGGCCUCGAGAAGCACCCGUAUACGGACAAUAAUUUGUUAGGUACUAAGGCUAGUGUUAAAUUAUAAUACGUAUCCAGUAGGGAAGGCAACAGGUAACAAGGGAGGCAAGAAAAAGCCGUACAGAGAUAGAAAGAAAUUCUUUUCUACAUUUACAAACCUGACGAUCCUCGGACGGGCAGUAGAAAGAGAGAAAGAAGAGAUUAAAAAAGCAUGAGAUGCAAGUGCGUUUAAAAGAUAGUAUUCCAUUCGUUUGACCAUUUUCAAACCUCGUUUCUCUUGAGUCACCUUUCGGUUGAGCUGCAUUUUCUCUAAUCGCGAGCAUGCCGCCCACGCCGAACAAGCUAAACCUGAGCUUCACCAGAAAUGCGUACAGCGUUUUCGGUAGUCGCAACGCAGCUACCGCGAACGAGCAUCAGCGCGAGCAAAAGACGGAACUGUUGGAGGGUACUAGAGCCAAUGGCCUUCUACAUUUGAAGAAUGGCGUAGAUUAUAUCAAUCCCGGCGAAGAGGACCAGAUGGAAAUUUACGGUUAUAGACGAAACCGCGUGCGGACCGUUAUUAUCUGGUUCCUGAUUGUCAUUACCGGAGGCUUCCUGAGGCUGAUAUUCCACUGGGUGCCACAUCUCAUGCUCUUGGCCACUCACACCAAGUGCUCUUUGGAAGAGGCGGAAACCGUUUUGUUGAUUGAGAAGUUUCAAGGGAAGCACACGAGUUAUUACGUGAAGAAGUUGAGGAGCUUGACUGCCCAGGAAAUUAUUAAUAAAUCUUUUCACGAAGAAUCUCUGAUCGAUGAAGCAUGGGACGGCAGUGUUAUAACCAGCAGGGAGGAGAAGGAGACUUAUCCGAUGUUGUCCGUGCAUCUUUGCGGGGGUCAAUUCAAACAGGUGCCAUCCAUAACCAACUUUAAUUGCAAAAAGCUGACCUACGUUUGGGACCCGGAAAGAUCGGAAUUCCUGAAACUGCGUGGCCUCGACACCGACGUUCUGAUAUCCACGUUACAUCAAGCGCAAGGUCUCAGUUCUCAGGAACAGUACAUGAGGCGCAACGUUUAUGGCAACAACGAGAUCGUGAUUCCCGUGAAAAGCAUAUUCACGUUACUCUGUCUCGAAGUGCUCAAUCCGUUCUACGUCUUCCAACUAUUUAGUUUUUGUCUAUGGGUCGCCGACGACUAUUAUUAUUAUGCCAUGGUGAUUCUUGCGAUGUCAAGCGCCGGUAUUACAAUGGCAGUCUUCCAGACGCGACGAAAUCAGCAUAAUUUGCGCUCGACGGUGCAUUCGUCUGACGUCGCCACUGUUAUGCGAGACCGUACGACCGGCCAAACCGCGGUAGUGCCGGCUGAACGCUUGGUACCUGGCGACGUCUUGGUCAUCCCAUCUCACGGAUGCCUAAUGCCAUGCGAUGCUGUGCUGCUCACUGGCAACUGUAUCCUCAACGAGUCUAUGCUGACGGGAGAAUCUGUACCUGUCACGAAAACACCAGUUCCUUCUUCUAACGAUGUGAUAUACAAUACCAAAGAACAUGCUAGGCAUACGCUCUUCUGCGGUACCAGAGUUAUUCAGACGAGAUACUACGGCAGUGAGAAGGUGCUUGCGGUGGUCAUCAGAACAGGUUUCAAUACCAGCAAAGGCGAUCUUGUGCGGUCCAUCAUGUAUCCCCCGCCCGUGGAUUUCAAAUUUGAGCAAGACUCGUACAAAUUCGUCAUAAUGUUAGCAUGCAUAGCCAGCAUCGGCGUCAUUUACACCGUUGUAACGAAAAUAAUGAGAGGUGUUCACGGUAGUCAUAUUGCUCUAGAAGCGUUGGAUCUUGUUACUAUUGUAGUGCCACCAGCAUUGCCAGCUGCCAUGACGGUCGGACGUCUCGUGGCACAACGUAGAUUGGAAAAGAAGAAAAUAUACUGUACGAGCCCGAGAACGAUUAACGUGUCAGGAUCCAUCGAUUGCAUUUGCUUCGACAAGACUGGAACGUUGACCGAGGAUGGUCUAGAUAUGUGGGGAGUUGUGAGCGUAUCGGAUGGAAAAUUCCAAUUGCCCGUCAAGGACAUCACUAGUCUAGCGUUGUCUGAGAUUCUUAUCGGCAUAGUUACUUGCCAUGGCAUCACCAUAAUCGAUAACCAACUAGUAGGAGACCCGCUCGAUCUGAAAAUGUUUGAAUCCACCGCAUGGACGCUGGAGGAACCUGAUGUAUCCGAUACAUCCAAGUUCUCCAUGCUAUUCCCGACAAUUGUCAGACCGGCGAAGGAUUCCAAGCUUCUCAAGAGACUGCCCAACGAUUUAGGCGGUCGACAAACGCUCAGUCGACAAAACUCCAUGUCUUCCGACGUGAUGGACGGUAUAUCUCUUAACAACCUCCACGACGCUACGUUCGGUGAUUCUGCGACAGAACUGGAGCAAGGACUGGAAGUGGGCAUUGUCCGGCAAUUUCCCUUUACAUCGAGUCUUCAGAGAAUGAGCGUCAUCACUAGGACAUUGGGCGCCAAUCACUAUGAUCUUUAUUGCAAGGGUAGUCCAGAGAUGAUCCUCAGUCUCUCAAGAGCCGAAUCUAUUCCUUCAGAUUUCGCAGCUGUUUUGCAAGAAUAUACAUCCGAAGGUUAUCGAGUGAUCGCCCUCGCGCACAAAUCUCUGAACCGUCUUCCGUAUGCCAAGGUGCAACGUAUAAAUCGUGAAGCCGCCGAGAUCGAUUUGACAUUCCUGGCGCUGAUAAUUAUGGAGAACCGACUGAAGCCCGAGACCUCACCAGUGAUCGACCAACUGAACGCCGCUUGCAUCAAGACGGUGAUGGUGACGGGUGAUAAUAUGUUGACCGCACUCUCGGUGGCCAGGGAUUGCGAUAUCGUGAAGCCGGGCACGCCGGUGAUUGCCGUUUCGACGAACCAGCAGAAUCUGUUGAAACCGCAUAUCUACUUCACGAAGAGCGAUAGUCAACCACCGCCAACCUCGCCAAACGAUCAGCAUGAUCUCAGCGAAACAACCGAAAUGAAUAGCAUGGCUAGCUUGGAAACUAUUGAGAGCGGCUCCUUCGCCAACACCAAGUUGGAGAACGAUAUUAAUUAUCUAUCGGAUGAUGUGCAAUAUUCCAAGAAUAAAUACGUAUUUGCUUUGACGGGAAAGACUUGGGCAUUGAUAAAGCAGUAUUAUCCAGAACUAAUACCCAAAGUGGUCACCCGCGGUGCCAUUUUCGCAAGAAUGUCGCCGGAUCAGAAGCAACAGUUAGUUCAAGAACUGCAGUCUCUAGGAUACUACGUUGCCAUGGUGGGAGACGGUGCUAACGAUUGUGGCGCGUUGAAAGCGGCGCACACCGGGAUAUCCUUAUCGGACACGGAAUCCUCCGUUGCUUCGCCCUUCACUAGUCGCGAGACCAAUAUCUCUUGUGUUCUGACGGUGAUACGCGAGGGUCGCGCCGCAUUGGUUACGUCCUUUGGCAUUUUCAAAUACAUGGCUGGCUACUCGCUCACACAAUUUAUCUCGGUGAUGCUCCUCUACAGCAUCGAGUCCAAUCUGACGGACAUCGAGUUUCUGUACAUCGAUCUAUUCAUUAUUUCCAUAUUCGCUUUCUUCUUCGGUCGCACCGAGGCCUAUGAGGGCUCGCUAGUGAAAAUGGCGCCGCUCAACAGUCUCAUUAGCACGUCGCCGAUACUCAGUCUGGUCACCCAACUUGUGAUCGUCGCGAUUUUCCAAUACACAAGUCUCUGGCAUCUACGGCAGAUGUCAUGGUUCGUGCCAUUCAACGCGACCGCGACAGCGGAUAAAGAUGACGUGGGCUGUUUGGAGAAUUACACAAUCUUCAUCGUCAGUUCCAUGCAGUACAUCAUCCUGGCGGUAGCGUUCUCCAAAGGGCCACCGUACAGAAAGUCUCUCUUCACCAAUUACGGCCUACUCACCUCCUUCGUUUUCCUUAGUCUCUUCUCUAUUUAUCUUGCAAUAUGCCCCUUUGAGUGGCUGGCCAAAUGGUUCGAGCUUGUGCUGCCCAACGAUCUGGGCUUCCGUUUCAUUCUGGUUGGCUAUGGCGUGGUGAAUUUCGUAAUUGCGCUACUGCUUGAGUAUCUCUUUGUGGAGUACCUCGUGUUUGGCAAGUUGCGCUAUCGCUGGCACGACGUGGAUAAAUCUCGACGGAAGUUCUUAGCCAUCGAACGAGACAUGGCGCGUGAUCUUAAAUGGCCGCCGAUCUCCCAGGAGCCGCUACCGGAAGCAGCGCCAAAUUUAUUAAUCCGGCAGAAUGUCACCGAGAUCAAAAUCGAGAAGCGGAUUACCGAGCCAUGCCUUCCCACCGAUACCAGCUUCAUGAACAAUUCGCCGAUUUGCGUCGGCUUCAAACACUUCGGAUCUGCUCGCGAAGUUACCCUCAAUCCCAGAUCCCUCUUCGACGAUUGUCGAAACACGGUGUCAAUGCAGACGGUGCCGUGCUUCGAGGAUAUGGACUUGCCGCCGAAACAAUCGAAUGCGGAAACCAUUGUAAAGCGACGACACAACUCGGAAUCGGCAAACGGUAUCAAUCGUUACGAGAAACCUUACAUGAAUCACAAUACCAAUCCCAUCGCCACGCUUCCCAGAAAUCCUAACGCGACCCUUCAGCCGCAGAAGCUGAGGGACUUCAAGGAUGUCCUAGUGCACAAGAGCGACGAUCGAGUGUCGUCCAAUACCGAGAACGUGCUUGAAUUAGAUAUCCUGCCGUCCUGAGGUCCAAAGCACUCGAAAGAUCGGUCGAGAGGUAGCUGAGUACCUUGAAAAUCAACCCAAUAGCUAAUUAAUUCAGAAUAUUAUUCAAUCUUCAUUUCUAAUCGACGCAUUUAGAGCAUCAGAACGAUCAUUGCGAUAUGAGACAUAAUCUAAAAAGCCGGGAUCUCUGAUACGACGAUUUCGUGUCUUGAAUGCCUGAUGCUCUUGUAAUCUCGAUUUUCGAUAACGCUCUCCUUCCAUCCGGUAUUUGUGAUAGUUAGAAUGCGUAUUUCAUAUCAAUUAUGAUAACGGUUCAUUUUUAUGUGAGAAGUGGAAUGGCGCUUGACUCGAAGUCUAUACUCGAUCAGGCGAAUUCUGAGUCGACGUAUUGUAUUUAGUCAGUACUGGUAUCCACGACUUGGUGAUUAAUGACGUUACUUAAGCUAAGAAUAAACCGGACGUUAGAACAGCAUUAAAGCUGUUUAGUCAUUACUUGCGAUCUCUAGAUAUUUAAUUAAACUUGAUUGUCUCAUUAUUCUUUCAUAGAGCAGCUCUUCUUUCACUUAGCUCUAAUUAGUAUUUAAUAUGGAAUUUGUGUUGCACAUUUGCAUAUUAUGUAUAUGUAAUUGCAUAUUACAUUUAUUAAUAUGUAAUUAAUAUGUAACAAUCAUUAUUUAAUUUUUUAAUUGUAAAUUGCUUUCUAACUUAGGUUUAUUUAUAUUUAUCGACUCAGGCCAGGGUCCCUUUUGACCCAUUCCUUUUUAACCCCUAGUCCUCUUCCUUCUUUCUCUCAUUAGUAUCCGAGAGCAGAAAAGUAUUAUUGUUAUUUAUCUUUGAAAGCAAGACAUUGCAAACUGUAUACUGUAUAUUAUACAAAGGAGAAUUUCUUGAAAGAAGCAUAGUGUAUUGCGUUUCAAAUGUUUAUACGGCAACAUUUACCGCAAGAUUUGAAAAUAAAGCGUGGACUUCGAGAACAAGUCGGCGUGAUAAUAAUAUCUUUUUUCACUACGAUUUGAAUGAAUACUUAAGCUAACUUGCAACUUAAUCCUCCAAAGUAUGUUCAGCUGGGACAGAAAUUACCAUUAACUACCUGGCCGCUAUUCUCCGAGCACUCGAUUCGAUUUCCCGAUGCAUUUUUUAUACCCUCGAGAUUUAUUUGUAUUUAUUCAAAUAGCAUGAUUGUACAUAAAUAAUUUAUAGCGAGUGCAUAUGUGUAUUGCAUUUUACGAAACGAUAAGAUACGAGAAAUAAUUAAAAAUGGUGGUUACAGAUCAAUGAUUGCGAUAGAAACUGAUUUAUUGAAUUUGCUAUUGUUAAACAUUUAUCUCGAAAGUCAUUUUACAAAAUGUGACUUAAACUGAGAUGAUGUGAUGCAAACAGUCUGGUAGCUGUCAAAGAACUGCAUAUUUAGGCAUAUUAUGUUAAGUAAUGAAAUUAUCUUGAAUAUUAUGAGACGUUAUAAAAUAGGUGAAACCGAAAGCGAUAAAAUGAAACAUUGUCGUCGCUCGGAGCCGAUUACGUACUGUUAAAUAACUAUGUCAAGAAAUAAAAAGUGUGUACUUAUGAAA